AUGGGAGGUCGGUUCCUGCUGGCGCUCGCCCUCCUCUCGGUGCUGCUGAGCCGCUGCCAGGUCGGCUGCUCCGGGGUCUUCGAGCUGAAGCUGCAGGAGUUUGUCAAUAAGAAGGGGCUGCUCAGCAACCGCAACUGCUGCCGCGGCGGCGGCCCCGGCGGCGGCGGGCUGCAGCAGUGCGACUGCAAGACCUUCUUCCGCGUCUGCCUCAAGCACUACCAGGCCAGCGUCUCCCCCGAGCCGCCCUGCACCUACGGCAGCGCCAUCACCCCCGUCCUCGGCGCCAACUCCUUCAGCGUCCCCGAUGGCGCGGGCGGCGCCGACCCCGCCUUCAGCAACCCCAUCCGCUUCCCCUUCGGCUUCACCUGGCCCGGCACCUUCUCGCUCAUCAUUGAGGCUCUGCAUACAGACUCUCCUGAUGACCUCACCACAGAGAACCCUGAGCGCCUCAUCAGCCGCCUGGCCACCCAGAGGCACUUGGCGGUGGGUGAGGAGUGGUCCCAGGACCUGCACAGCAGUGGCCGCACUGACCUCAAGUACUCCUAUCGCUUCGUGUGUGAUGAGCACUACUAUGGAGAAGGCUGCUCUGUCUUCUGCCGCCCCCGGGACGAUGCCUUUGGUCACUUCACUUGUGGAGAGCGUGGCGAGAAAGUCUGCAACCCAGGCUGGAAAGGCCAGUACUGCACUGAGCCGAUUUGUUUGCCUGGAUGCGAUGAGCAACACGGCUUUUGUGACAAACCUGGGGAAUGCAAAUGCAGAGUGGGUUGGCAGGGCCGAUAUUGUGAUGAGUGCAUCCGAUACCCAGGCUGCCUUCAUGGUACCUGCCAGCAGCCGUGGCAGUGCAACUGCCAGGAAGGCUGGGGUGGCCUUUUCUGCAACCAGGACCUGAACUACUGCACCCACCACAAGCCCUGCAAGAAUGGUGCCACAUGUACCAAUACUGGUCAAGGGAGUUACACUUGUUCUUGCCGACCCGGGUACACAGGCUCCAACUGUGAGAUUGAAAUCAAUGAAUGUGAUGCCAACCCUUGCAAGAAUGGUGGAAGCUGCACUGAUCUCGAGAACAGCUAUUCCUGUACCUGCCCCCCGGGCUUCUAUGGUAAAAACUGUGAGCUGAGCGCAAUGACUUGUGCUGAUGGGCCAUGCUUCAAUGGUGGGCGAUGCACCGACAACCCUGAUGGGGGAUACAGUUGCCGCUGCCCACUGGGUUAUUCUGGAUUCAACUGUGAAAAGAAAAUCGAUUACUGCAGUUCCAGCCCUUGUGCUAAUGGAGCCCAGUGCGUUGAUCUGGGGAACUCCUACAUAUGCCAGUGCCAGGCUGGCUUCACUGGGAGACACUGUGAUGAUAACGUGGACGACUGCGCCUCCUUUCCCUGCGUCAAUGGAGGGACCUGCCAGGAUGGUGUCAAUGAUUAUUCCUGCACCUGCCCCCCAGGAUACAACGGGAAGAACUGCAGCACCCCGGUGAGCAGAUGCGAACACAACCCCUGCCACAACGGGGCCACCUGCCAUGAAAGAAACAACCGCUACGUCUGUGAGUGUGCCCGGGGGUACGGCGGGCUCAACUGCCAAUUUUUGCUCCCCGAGCCGCCUCAGGGACCGGUCAUCGUUGACUUCACUGAGAAGUACACGGAAGGCCAGAACACCCAGUUCCCCUGGAUCGCCGUGUGCGCCGGGAUUAUUCUGGUCCUCAUGCUGUUGCUGGGGUGCGCUGCUGUGGUCGUCUGUGUCAGGCUCAGAGUGCAGAAGAGGCACCACCAGCCUGAUGCCUGCAGGAGCGAGACUGAGACCAUGAACAACCUGGCGAAUUGCCAGCGCGAGAAGGACAUUUCCAUAAGUGUCAUUGGUGCCACUCAGAUUAAAAACACGAAUAAGAAAGUAGACUUUCACAGCGACAACUCCGAUAAAAAUGGCUACAAAGUCAGAUACCCAUCAGUGGAUUACAAUUUGGUGCAUGAACUCAAGAACGAGGACUCUGUUAAAGAGGAGCACAGCAAAUGUGAAGCCAAGUGUGAAACGUAUGAUUCGGAGGCAGAGGAGAAAAGUGCAGUACAACUAAAGAGUAGUGAUACUUCUGAAAGAAAACGACCAGAUUCAGUAUAUUCCACUUCAAAGGACACAAAGUACCAGUCGGUGUAUGUCAUAUCAGAAGAGAAAGAUGAGUGCAUCAUAGCAACUGAGGUGUAAACCAGAGGCGAUAUGGCAAGGUGGU